UGCUCGCCUUAUACUCAACAGAGUUCUGUUCGGUUGCAUGGCUUUAGCACUCCAGAAAUGUACUGAACAUCCGCUCCCGCACAUGUAGCGUAUAGAACAGUCAGACGUCUGUACCCUUCUAGCCCUGUCAAUGGCUCAGUUUAAUCUACGCGGUUGAAAUUUUCUAGUAUGCAUUCUCUGAAGCCCCUAAAUCAGCAUUUAGCUUAAGCCUUGUCUCUUUUUAGAGCCCAUGUUGAAUCUAGUCCGACCGUCUAUCUCACAUUUACAGGUCUGCCAUAAAAAUCCAAUAUCGGAAAGUAUCAACGAAGACGUGUCGAGUUUAUAUAUUGUCUUACUACAAACAGCGGUGCGCAACGCAAUGCUAACCAGUGGUCGAAGCCAGCCGGCACACACCGUAGCCAGAAAACAUCCUGUAUGUAUUUUAACUUGUUAUUUUUGCGCAUCAGCGAUCAUAUAGCACGGUCUUUCGUUUGAUGGUUGUUCCUGUUGGUAAACUUUUGAAAGCACACUGAAACAUCCGCGAUCUGUUCGACUGCACAGCAUGCACAACUCUCCACACAAACCUUUUCCAGCUAAAAGAAGUAACACCAGCCUUGGCGCGAUUCAUGUUACCCUAAGAGGGAUAUAUAAACAUACUCUACCUUUAACGCCAUAUAGAUCUGAAGAAAGCUCUCAUUGAUUCGAUCUUUUUGUAUGUUUAACUGAACUCAGCUGGAGGCCCUGGAACGAUAUAACAAAGCAGCUAUAAUCUAUAGGAAGCGAAAAAAAGACCUCUAACAAUAGUAGAACAGGUCGGCAAAUAACAACGGUUAAUUUGAAAAUGGUUACGGGCUCGACAACAUCCAUAUUCAGCGUUGGGAUGCAGCAGCACUUAGAAUGGGACAUGCAAUUAAGAAGUGUCGAUUCUCGUGCAGAGCUAGAUCGAACUUGAGUCCUCCGAUGAGUGUCCCAGCCGACUACCUGUAAUGAGUUAUACGUCGUAGACAGUUAUCCGCUGCAGUACGCUUGAUCGAAACUCGAACACUCUUUCGAGUCAAUCUUGGAACGUAAAUUGGUCUUGUUUAUACCUUACGUGCUAUGUAUUACUUAAAAAAUCGUCGAAUAGUCAGCACUCUGCAGAGACGCCCCUCUGAGGAGCAAUAUCGUAAUUUUUCUUUCUCUUCGACUCUAUGCAAUGUAAUAGGAAGCCAGCCAUCAUGGAUACUCAGUGCUGGAUAACAGCUGCGCCUUCUGAUACAGUGACCCGGCCGUCGCGUAUCCCGUAACGUGUGUCGUUCGAAAGAAAGCAGUUUUGUGAAUCAAUGUAACCCGGAUAGAUCUAUUUUUUUUUCUGCUAAAAUUGCUAAUUUCUGUAAAACGAAAAGUGUGUCUUCCAGUAUGCAGUCGGCUGCCGUGAUAAAAAUUAUCAUCAUAUUGAUCCUAGUAGUCUUCGUGGAUCAAUGUUUCGCAGAGCCUUUAAUUAAUAAGAAUUACACUGUAGCUGCGAAAAUUGCAAAGUUUCAAGCAGAAUUCAACUUCAAAGCGGCCAAUGUCAGGUUUACUCCUCCACCUAACCGGGACGCCGAAGGACCGCUGUCAGUGCACGCAUAUCUCUAUAUUCUGGAUCGCUUCAUUAUUGAUACCUAUGAACACAGUGUCACCUUUUCGAUGGUACUUUGUACGCAAUGGGUGGACAAACGAUUGGUGUGGGAACACGAGUCAGCCCCGACCAGCAUCGUGUACACGUUUUGGGUCUACGUUUGGUCCCCCCGAAUACGAUUUAGUAACACGAUCAACGCAGAAUCCACAGUGUAUGUUCCUGUUCAUGUAGACAGCGAUGGUAUUGUAAUGAGGUGCCAGGUGUACGAUAUAAUAGCCCCAUGUUCAUUUGACCUAAGCGCCUUUCCCAACGACGUUCACAACUGUAGUCUUUCGUUUUCCAGCAUAAACUACGGCAGUCACGAUAUCAUUUUCGAGCCUUGGAUUACGGAGUCGGAAAUCAGCUCGUCUGAAUGGAAACUUCUACCAUCGGCUCGUGCUCUGAACGUGCCUCAACCAUCAACCGGCAACAUAUCAACGGUCGUGGUAGAUCUACAAAUCAGAAGGCAACCGCAUCUGUAUGGAUUUCGCGUGUAUCUGGCAAUGCGUACCAGCCAUCUCCUGUUGGCUCUUACAAUUCUAGCUCCUGAAAGUUGUCGAAUAUCGCUUACCUACAUGCUGCUUCUGACCACUUGUUUACAACACGGCUUUCUUGCCACGAUGACUCGAAGUUCUACCGAAACACCUCGAAUAUUGUGGCAAUCGUCCGCGAGCGUUUUUCUGUCUCUCGUCACCGUUUGCAGUUCACUGUUGAGAUCGUCUUUCAGGCCUUCGAAGCUUAUCAACACCCUCAAACGGACAUUGUCCGUGCUAGAACGAUGCAUCCUUCUUUCUGGCGUUGGACUACUCGUUGUUAUUUUAUUAUUUCAGUAGAGAGAGCCAUUUACGCGCCUGUAUCGGCCAAACAUGCAAUAAAUAAAAAAAAAAAAACUAUGCUGCAAGAAAACACGGCCCUGCUGGGAAAAAUGGGAUAAAAGCGCGUCAUAUCAAGAUAUCAUAUCGGGUGGCAACUGAUUAACACUGUAUAAUAACAUUAGCCAAGCAGGCAAACGCUUUGUCAGAAUGGAGCACUUCUAACUGAUAGGUUUAUUUAUUAAAUUGUUUUUAAUAUCGUAGCUAUUUUCUGCUCAUGGUGGAAAAAAAAGCAGUUUACGCAGUGCGCGUGGAUGCUUAGGUAUUCAAAUGUCUCCAGAAGGGCAAUUGUUAUGGGUCACCGAGGUAUUACAUAUAGUCGAGUACUUAAAGUCUCACAACGUGAGAUAAUGACUAUUCUGCUACGCAUGCGCAAGCAGAAAAAGAGAAAUUUUAUUACAAAAUGUGGCUUCUUUGAAAACUUCUGUUCAACGUUUGUUUUUUGGUCAAAUCAUAAGCUUUACACUUUCAUUACUGCCUACCUCCACGCUUAGCUUCACUAGUUGAGAAACGGCUGAAGUUGGAAGUCUAGUGAUUUGAUCCCAGCCAACCAGAGGUCUUAUACUGUUCUUUUGGAGCCUGUAGGCGCAAGCGUGAAGCCAACAGGCCAGAUAUGGGCCUGCUUUUAAAAAAACGGACAUUAUACUUUAGGUUAGUUAUAAGAUCAACCACAACAGUUUCGUCUAUCAUGUUUAUGUAAUACCGCAAUUUUCCGCCGGCGACUAAACAAGUAACUGUUCACUUAUUCAGUCUCGUGAGACAUGAUCCAUUCAUAAGAUUCAUACAAUUCCGAUGUAGUUGUGGUUAUUAUAAAUUGCCAGUAUGAUAAUGAUACGCCGGCUACCACGUGCUGUUACCAAGAAAAUACUCCAAUGAAAAAAAUACAGUGUGGUAUAAGGCGUUUCAUACGCCACAUACCCUUUGGUAGACCCUUUGGAAUAGAAGUAAACGUAAUCCUCAUUAACGAUAUCUCACACCAUAUACAUUUGUCUUUCCAUGGAAGCAUGACCUUUCUUGGACUGUGUCUACCAAUGCGGAUCCUUUGUUCUAAAACUAUAGUAAAUUGCCGAAUGGAAAAGUACUAACGACUUCCGGAUUAUAAGAGUGGAAGCGAACAAUGUAAUAGUGCGAUGUUUUCAAAACAUGGGAAAACUACGAUUGAGUAAGGACUAAGUGACAUCUAGAAACUUAUUCAUAUAUAUAUGCAGAUCGGCUGCCGCGUACAUGGUGUUGGAGAAAGAUAUCCGCCACAAACGCUGCACUUCGGUAAACGUAAAAAAUAUCGAAGUUGCGCAGCAACACGGCGAAAGUCCUCUGCUGUGGGCUCAAUUUCUCAUAAUCAUCGUCUGGCUUGACCAUUAGACAAGGGCAUGCACAUCCAGUAUACACGAAAAUAUUUGCAAUUGUGUCUAAAAUUCUCGGACUUAUCUCUAUACUGCUAUCAGUCAUUUAUAAUACGUUAAUUCCAGGAUAUGAAUUCAAAAGUUUCCUUCUGAAAGCGUUAAAGCAUUAAAUAUGCUAGUAUAAGAUGAAACUAUGUAUUAUUAUCAAGCCCUUGAUGGGCGCCAGCACCAACCCUGGGUUUAGCUUUUCACUCUAAUUCUGUCGGACGCGCAUUUUCGAAAAGUUUGUGUAGUGGCCGGCGUCGAAUCUGUUAGAGCUGUUGCUAAGUCACGUAGUUGCGAAAUGCUAAUAUCUGACGCCGAAAACGGCUGAGUAUUGCUACUCUGUGGGGUCUUUUCAAAUCUGAUUAUUUUCAGGUAAAUUCGAAAAUAGCUCCCCAAUUAUUUUCUAUUUAAACUUCACAGCUCUACGAAUUUACUUAUUCACUGAUUACGUGAUGGGGUAUUACGGUAAAACUAGCUCUUGGUUUUCGUUCGAAGCUUAACUACGUUACUACAAGUGUUACCUGUGAGGGUAUUGGUUUUUGCUACAAUAAUCAUUGUAUUUCCUGGUCGAAUGCUCAGUAUGAUUGGCACGUAGCGUGAUGUCUUCAUGAAUCACAAUAUGUGAUGCAAUACAUGCAUUAGUACUCGCCUAUGCACCGGAUUCGAAUGUCUCGCGGGUACACGAUUUUCGUAGGCACCCACGUGGGGAAUUGCGUUCUAAAGAGGAUUGUACGCUCUAGAGUCCGGUAGUAUCAAUUUUUCUUUGACUGUAUAGAAAAGUACGCUGACGAGAAAAUACCGAACGACUCGAAACAUUUUUUUCCGAGAAGUUCUUAAAAAAAAAAAUGCUUAAUUUCCAAAACGUUCAAUUUGCCCGUCCCGAGCAAUUCAAAUUAAACACAACGCUUGAGUGAAUGGCAGUGGCAUCCAGCGUUCGCAUCGCGCCUUCUAUCCAUGUUCAAUCAUUAUUAUAGAUUUUAGCACAAAUGAAACAUUUUCUACAUCUACCAGAAAUUACGAAAUCCGCCUUGCAAGGAGUUCCUAACCAUUGACUAACUGUAGGGUGAAACAUCGAAUAAAUGAAACUGUAUUACCGGCCAAGUUAAGUUACGCUAGGACUAGCCCGACGUUCAUGCUAGAUUGGGGUAACAUAUUAUUACGGAUACUAAGACAGCGACCAAAUCUGGCCAAAUGUUAACUGACCACUCUAUUGCACCAAUGCAUUGAAUUUGUUGUUUGCCAAGCUAACAUACUGUCGAAUGAUUGUAUGUAGGAAAGUUCUCGUUUUUAUAAACUCUUCGCUUGUUGGUUUUUACAAUCAAGUUUAUUAUAGUUGAACAAUGGAAUUACGUGUUGUGGCAGUGACAUGUAAGAACGUUUGCAAAGAAAGUGUUGCCAGCUUGAUAUUUCCAGGGUCAGUUGUAUAUGUCUGGCCACAGCAAAACGCAUUUGCUUAACUAGAAGAACUUAAAUACUACUUUAAAUUAUAUAGGGUUGCCCAAAUUGAAAUACAGGUACUAUCAUACGAAGGCGAUAGCCUAAACAGAUUGAAAUUAUAUGUGUAGAUAUAGGUAAACGCUACAUGUCAACAUGAUAUAUUAGAUAAUGUUCCUACGACGAUCAAAACAAGUUCGAAAGGUGGGAAAAUGUUGACUUGACAGCUACUUGUUCCAGCUUUAAAAUUCUGUAUUGGAAAUGUUUAGUUACAACAGCAUAUGCGAUUUGGACAAUUACAUUUUCGAGCAAAAUUUGUUUUUAACAAUAAAUUUAAAUACA